AUGCCUAUCCCUCCAGGACACGUGGGAAAUCUAUCGCCGGAACAAGAAGCCAAGUUGCGCGAAUUUUGGAAUGCCGUGCUGAAGGUCUUUGGCGUGGAAAAUCCCUACCAUGUUAGCGGAACAGACACCCCUCUGACUGAAGAUGCGAGUUCCGAAGUUGAGACCAAAGACAAGAAGAAGCCCAAAAAGCGGUUAGGUCUGUUCAGAAAACAUGAAGAUAAAGAUUCUAGCAACGGCGCAGUCACUCCCAACAAGGACCCAAGCGCACAUGCAGAUGCCGACGAUAAAUACGGCCAAGUCAAGGAAUAUCAAGAAAUCUUGGCCACUCAAAGCCCCGAAUCGUUACGCGCUGCGUUCUGGGGCAUGGUCAAGGCUGAUCACCCCGAUGGCCUGUUGUUGAGGUUUCUCCGGGCGCGGAAAUGGGACGUUGACAAGGCCUUGGUCAUGCUGGUUUCCACCAUGAGAUGGAGAAGUCAAGAACAGCACGUAGACGAUGAUGUAGUUUUGAAAGGUGAGGGAGGCGCUCUGGAAGAUUCCAAAUCGAGCGAUCCGGCUGUCAAAAAAGAGGGUGAGGACUUUCUAACCCAGUUGAGGCUGGGCAAGAGUUUUCUGCACGGGACCGACAAGGAAGGCCGUCCAUUGUGCUUCGUUCGAUGUCGGUUGCACAGAGGUGGAGAACAGUCCGAGCGAAGUUUGGAACGUUAUACGGUCUAUGUCAUUGAAACGGCCAGAUUGGCACUGAGGCCUCCGGUUGAGACUGCUUGCAUAGUAUUCGACAUGACUCACUUCACAAUGGCAAACAUGGAUUACACCCCGGUCAAGUUUAUGAUCAAGAUUUUCGAAGCCAACUACCCCGAGUCCUUGGGCGCAGUGCUGGUACACAAGGCGCCAUGGCUCUUUCAAGGCAUAUGGAAGAUAAUUCGAGGUUGGCUCGACCCAGUUGUGGCCGCCAAGGUACAUUUUACCUCAAGUGUGGAAGAUUUGGAGGCAUUUAUUCCCAAAUCCCAAAUCAUAAAAGAAUUAGGAGGCGUUGAAGACUGGGAGUAUCACUACGCAGAGCCCGUUCCUGGUGAAAACGACGCAAUGAAAGAAGAAGCUCCACGCAAAGCCCUCGAACAAGAACGAAAUAUUGAGGUACAGAAUUACCAGAAAAAGACGUACGAAUGGACUGCCAAAGGCACUGGUCCCGAAGCGGACAAACUUAAAGAAGAGCGGAACUCAAUCGCCAGGGCGUUAAACGAGAACUAUUGGAAACUCGACAAGCAUAUCCGAGCGAGGACCUACUAUGACCGUACGAACAUGAUCUCGCCAGAUGGGAAAAUCAAUUUCUACCCUCCGCCACCUGGAGAGGGAAUUAAUGAGAAGGUACAGCCAGCUACGACAGCAUUGCCGCCAGUGGCUGCGACAACCACGACAAGUGCCGACGAUGUAGAUUAA